AUGGUCGUAAGACCGGACGAUGUGUGGGUGGCCACGUUUCCACGCUCUGGGACAACUUGGACGCAAGAAAUAGUCUGGCUGCUCAUGAAUGACUUUGACAUCGACAAGGCUGUGAAGAUACCUUUGCAAGACAGAUAUAUGUUCCUGGAAGUGAAAAAUGCACUGUAUAUGGAACCGCAAAAAAUACAAAGCAUGGAUCCAGAGGUACUCAAAGAAGCCAUGUCGUAUGUGCUUUCUUAUGAUCAAGUGGUCGCCGCACCUUCUCCGCGGUUCAUCAAGACACAUUUGCCAUUCUCACUUUUACCUACUAACCUACUGGAUACUGCCAAAGUGGUAUAUGUAGCCCGAGACCCCAGGGACGUUGUUGUGUCCUAUUACCAUCAUAACAAACUCUUGUUGAAUUAUACAGAAGAUUUUAAAAGUUAUUGGAACCUUUUUAUAAAUGAUUUAUUUCUCUGGUGUCCAUUUUUCCCGCAUAUAAAAGAGGCAUGGGCACUCCGCCAUCAUCCGAACUUAAUGUUCAUAUUUUACGAAGACAUGAUAAAGGAUUUGCCAGCAACUGUUAAGCGGAUGGCAGAUUUCCUUGGCAAAGAAACUACGGACGAGAAAAUUAUGAAGCUUUGCGAACACGUGGACAUAAAGAACUUCAGAAAGAAUAAGUCAGUGAACCCACCAUGGAUGGCCAAGAUUGGCAACCCUAACAACGAGGGCUUUAUAAGAAACGGUAAAACUGGCACAAGGCGCGAGCAGUUCGACGAGGAGAUGGUGGCGCAGGCGCAGCGCUGGAUGCGCGAGAAUCUCGGCGGCUCCGACCUGCGUUUCCCUGACGUUUAA